AUGGUCCGACAGAAGAUACAACGCAUCUUGUUCAGCCGCACCCUUCGGCACAUCGCCGUGCUGGCGGCGCUGGCGGGCGUUUACGCGGCCGUCUGUGUUUGGCUCGAGCUGCUCAUCGCUCCGCGGUUCAGCGGCCGAACUCCGAACUUCCACACGACCCUGUCGCUCGUGCUGGGUCUGCUCUUGGUCUUCCGCACCAACGCCGCGUACGCCCGCUGGUGGGAGGCUCGCAUCCUCUGGGGCGGCCUCGUGAAUGCGUCGCGCAACUUGGCGGUGAAGAUCGUCACGAUCCCCGCGACGGCGCCGAGAGAGGAGAUCGAAGCGGCCGGUCAGCUCGUCCUCGUCUUCUCCUACGCCUUGCGUGAUCGGCUCCGCAGUGUGGAAUCCGAUGACGUGCCUGCCGAGUUCAAGGACUUCGCCCACAAGCCCAGCGCUAUCGUCAAGCGGCUCUACGAGCGAUUCACCGCGUGGCGCCGCGAAGGCCACAUCGACGGCAUGGACCUGCGGGUCCUCGACGCCGAGGCGACGAAGCUCCUCGAGAUCUGCGGCGCCUGCGAACGGAUCCUCGGCACCCGCAUGACGCGUUCGUACCGCCGGUUCGCGCGGCAGUGUAUCGUGUUGUUCCUGUUGAUCUUGCCGUGGGAGAUGGCCGUGACUCUCGAAUGGUGGGCGGCGCCGAUGGUCGUGGUGAUCGCGUACUUCAUGAUCGGGUUAGAAGUCGUCGCCGAGCACGUCGAAGAGCCCUUCGGCCACGACGAAGACGACCUCGACCUCGACGGCCUCUGCGCGACGAUCCACCGCACGGCGGGAGAAGUCCUGCAAUUGGAGGAGAGGGGUUGGAGUGAGAGAGGCGCCGUUCGCGCCCGACGCCAACCCUCUGAAGAGAGCGACCUCAUGAGCCGAACGGUAGCAACUCACCUCCCAAUGUCCGUCUUCCUGUGCGUUUCCCUUGCCGCUCUCCAUGGAUCGGCCCACGGUCAGGGGAUCGCACCGACUUAUGACGAACUGGUCUACGGCGUCGUCGAUUCUGGAGGUUCGGCGCGGUCAUUGCACCUUGACCUCUGGCUCCCGCAAGGCGCGGCAGACGAAACGCCAUUGGUGCUCUGGAUCCAUGGAGGCGGCUGGUCGGGCGGGUCGCAUGACAACCCGCCGAUCGCGCUGCCUCGGUUGCUCAACGAAGGUUUCGCCGUAGCGUCGGUUGAAUACCGGCUCAGCGGCGAAGCGAUCGCGCCGGCGCAGAUUCACGACGUGAAGGGAGCGGUGCGGUUCUUACGCGCGAAUGCAGCGGACUACAACCUUGACGCCGACGCCUUCGCGGCCUGGGGAAGCUCCGCCGGCGGUCACCUGACGGCCCUCCUGGCGACGAGCUCCGGCGUCGCCGCCGCGGAAGGCGAUGUCGGAGGCAACCUCGAGUACUCUAGCAGCAUUCAGGCUGCGGUGGACUACUAUGGCCCCACCGAUCUCUUGCAGAUGAGCGCGGAUGUUCGCACGCCGCCGGGAAGCGGAAUCGACCACGACGCCCCCAAUUCGCCAGAGUCGCGUUUGAUUGGAUUCGACGGACCGGGCGAAGGCAUCGGCGUCCUCCGCGACAACCUGUUCAACCCUGCCACGCCCUUCCCCGAGAAGGCUUCGCUAGUGCGUUUGAUGAAUCCCAUCGAGCACGUCACCGCUGACGACGCGCCGAUCUUUAUCGCCCAUGGCGACCAGGACAGCAGCGUUCCAAUCCUGCAGAGCGUGCGGCUCGACCAGGCGCUGAGAAUUGCCGGAGUCGAGCACGAGUUCCAUCGGGUUGUCGGAGAAGGUCACGGCGGACCGCUCUUCCAUCCUUACACGCUCGCUGCGAUCGACUUCCUCUCCGCCCAGUUGCAAACCGUUCCGGAACCCUCAGCGGGAGUUUUGAUGGCGGUAGCCGUCCUCGUGACUUCGGCAACCAGGCGGAUUGACGGCCAAUUGCAUUGA